ACAUUCGUUAAAUCAGGAAAGCGAGCUAAUAAUAGUCAUUCAAAAUAAACACAAAUUUUUAAACCUUUUGUCUCUGCCGGCUUUAGAUACAAACGAUCAUUCAUCAUGGCUUACACUAACAAAGUUCCGGCAGCAUCUGCGGUUGCAACAGUGGUCCUGUUUCUAGCGGUUAUGAUCGCUCCCCGGUGGACAGAGGCACAAACGAUGCCAAAACUGGAUCCAGUGUGUGCGGUGGUGAUCUCUGACAUAGUCAAAAUUUGCUACUUAUCGGGGGAUUUAAAGCCAUCCGAAGAAUGCUGCAAGGAUCUCGAAUCGGCGAGCAAUUUUCAAGUGACCUGUCUCUGCGACAAUGUCAUUUCACAUCCUUCUAACACAACCCUUACGCAAGCUCUCUUCGACGUAGUCCACACCACCUGUGGCGUUCAAGAAAAAUUCACCUGCAAAGGAGGAGACGGUAACGGAGGAGCAACGAACAAGAUUGCGGCAUCAAUGGGUUUAUUUGGUUUGGUUGCAAGUCUGUUUUUUUAA